AUGUACCAGGCCCUCCAACCCUGCUAUCGACGCCUGCCCCUUCAGUUCACGCGACAAUUCUCUGUAGUUCAUGCUAGAUGGGCAGGCCAUAACAAAUGGUCCAAAAUAAAGGACAAGAAGGGAGUCAACGACAGGCAAAAGAGCAUACUGUAUUCGAAAGCCAGCAAUGAAAUUAUCACAGCAGCCAGAAUUGGGGGCUCCGUAGAUCCUGCUCUGAAUAUACGGCUCGCUGCUGCGCUGAAGUCAGCUAAAGAUCAAGGUGUUCCGAAGGAGAACAUUCAGAAAGCCCUGGCACGAGCAGGAGGCGCAAGCAACGGAUCGGGGCAACACUUCGUGUAUGAAGCCUUGGCCCACGAUUCUGUUGGACUGAUAAUAGAAUGUUUGACAGAUAAUGCGAACCGCACCCUUCACAAUGUCAGAGACAUUUUGACAUCAUAUGGGGCCCGUAUGACACCAGUCAAGUUUAUGUUCGAGCGGCAGGGCCUUGUUACUGUCGCACUAGACAAGAGCAUAGACGGAGAAUUUGACAAAUUCUUUGACAUCGCGAUCGAAAACGGCGCCGAGGAAGUCAAUGAACGACCAGAUCUGGAAACAGAUGGUUAUCAUAUCUACGAGGUUUAUCGGUUUUCCUGGUCCUGA